AUGGAUCUUCCUCCCGCUCCGACGCCGCCCGUCAAUAACAGCGGAAUGCCGUCCAACGCCGAGCGUACGGCCAAUCUGCUGAAUCUGCUCAAGUUCAGUGCCGGGCCGGCCAACCCGAGCGCCCAACCGCAAUCGCUGCCGUCGCUGCAGUCCCAGCCGUCGGAUCACCAGCAGCCGUCGCAGCAGCACCAGGCCCGCCAGCCGGGCUACUCCCAAGCCCAGUACUCGUCGCCUCCUGCUCGUCUUCAUCAGCCCGCACCUGCUGGAGCCGACCCAACGGGACUUCUGGCCGCCCUCAUGAGGGGCGCCACCCACGAUGCUGAAGAACCGAGACACACUCCUCCCGUCCAGGCAGCCCAGCCUGCCAACGCGAACCCGUUUGCCAACGGCCCGCCCUCUGCCGACACGAGGUCCUAUCUGCUGAACCUGCUCAAUCGCCCCAAGCCGAGCCAGACUGACCAGCCCAUGCUGUCCGAAACAUCACGGGUCAACGGCGCCGCCUCGCAGUCUCCCGAGAUCACCACCGAUUCCAACCGCUUCUUCAACCAGUAUCACCACCACCAGUCGCAACCCAGUGCUUAUCAGCAGCAAGCCCAGCACUUCCAUCAGCAACAACAUGCACCGUCAGAGUCCUACAGCGAGGUUCAGAACCAAGCCCCCUUCGGUCCCAGCCACCACUUUACGCAGACACAAAACCAGGAUUCACCUGCCGACAUGUCUGCCUUGUACCAGCAGUUGAUGGGUAGUCUGGUCAAGACAUCGCCAUCGUCCCUUGUCUCUCAACCGGCUGGUCAUGCUCAGCCGCCGCCACCUUUCCAGAUUCUCAAAAAGGACCAAGCUUCACCCGCUGGUUUUCAGCAUCUGGAUCACUCUCACGUAGCCAACGAUCGAAGCCCUAUGGCUAGCCCUCCGGAGCAGCCGGGCCAAACUGCGAACCGUACCUCUUCCAUUCACUCUCAUCAAUCCACCAGAUACUCGGCCCACCAAACACCUCCCGCAGGUUCCGACAGCCUUUCUCACGUUGAGCAGAGCAAAGAGACUGUCGCUGAAGCCGUGCAUGGUGUCGCCGAGCAAGCUGACAAAGAUGCCCAAGAGGCUCUCGACAGAGCCGAGCAAAGACUUGAUGCGGCAGAUUCCAGCGACGAGGCGAGCGUCAAGGAAACCUCUACGGGUCAGGAAUGGCUCGAUGAGGACGAUGAUGCUACCGUCUCGGUUGUCAAGGCCAUCGAGGAGCAAAUUGUGCAAAACAUCCGAGAGGGACACGAGCUCAACAACAGCCACAGCUCGCCCGUGGUGGCCGCCGUCUUGAAUGACGCGUCAGACUCUGGCAACGCUGGAGUCGAAAACAUACUGGAGGUGGCCGAUAGCUGGGAGAGCGCCGACCAGGAAGAGAUUGUUGUUAUCGAGGAAAAGGAAGCGCCGCCUGUUCGGGUCUACAACUUCCCAAUGAAGCCUUGGAUCUCCAUUUCUCUGCAGGAAGAAACCAAGGAGGUUCGUCCCGAAUUUCGAGACGAGUCCAUCAUGGACAUUGCCCGCCUCAAGAAGGAAUUCGACCAGAUCGACCGCAACCUGUACACCGCUUCGCAGACCUACAUGACAUAUGGCAUGUCAAAGCAGGGAGGUUUGCGCGUCAUACGCCAAGACGACGGCAAGGACGCCAAGGUCUUCACCGACACCAAGGACAGAAUCUUCAACGUGGCCAUGUCGGUCACUCCCUCUGACCACGAGAGCGUUCAGCGCGAGGCCAUCAUCGGCACCGGCAUCAGCGGCACCGUGUACUGGGUGCAGAUCCAGGACGGGGAGAAGGACCACAUUGAGGAUCCACACUUGGAACAGUAUGGCUUUGCCCUGCCUCCCAUCUCGUCGCAUGACGGUGACGCCCCCGGCGGCGUUCUCAAGACUAGAGCUCGGGCCUCCACCAUUCACCCAGAGUUCUUUGCUGUCGGCCGCGGCAAGUCGAUCAACUUUGUGUGGCCCUCGUACAUUCUGCAGAACAAGCUGUUCAAGGCUGGUCACGAUCGCGUGGUCGACACCGAGGCUCUUCUCAGGCAGUGCUCGCUCAAGAUCAACACCGGCAAGGCGGGAAAGGACUUCACCUUUAGCCAGGACGACUCCGUCGUGGUUUCCCUCGACAAGUCCGGCCGGGUCAAGUUCUGGGAUGUCCGUCAUCUCACCGCGGCCAAGGAGGACUCUGACCCUCGCUGUCCUCUGCCGGCCCACUCGUCGCUCGAGGUCAAGGAACCCCUGCUGACCCUGGCCACCACGCCAGAGGGCGAAAAGGCGUGGCCGACGUCUGUCCUCUUGCUGGACAAGCAGCGCCCGUACCAGAAACGGUGCGCCCUCCGCUACAUGAUUGUCGGCAUGAAGCAGAACCACACGCUCCAGCUGUGGGAUCUGGCCCUCGGCAAACCCGUCCAAGAGUUCAACCUCCCGCACAGCAAGGAGUCCGAUGCCGUCUGCAGCGUCUUGUAUCACCCUGCUAGUGGCAUGAUUGUCAUUGGUCACCCCACCCGCAACUCGGUCUACUUUGCGCACCUUUCGGCUCCCAAGUACAACCUCAAGAAUGUGUCCCAGGCGGAAUAUAUCCAGAGACUGAUCGCGCAGGACCCUUCGAUCCCACAGCCGGAUAGUACCGCUGUGAUCAGCGGGGUCCGGGAGUACUCCUUCGCCAACCGGGGCGUCCUCCGCAGCCUGGACAUCCUGUGCAACCCGGCCAUGGUUCAGGACGCGGACGAGCCCACCCUCUUCGAGCUGUACGCCAUGCACUCCAAGGGUGUGGCUUGCGUGCUCGUGAAGCAGUGCGAGCUCGGGUGGUCCAAGGACAACAAGGUUCUUGACCCCGUGGACGCCGUCAAGGAAGGUCUGGUCACUGUGACGAAGCUUAAGACGCCCCAGCAGCAGCCAAGCGAGGCCACCAACGGCGAGGGCCACCCAGCCAAGAGCAAUAUUGUCCGCCUUGCGGCACCCAAGGAAACCACCCCGCAGCAGAUGACGCCGCCGGCCGCCGCCGCCCCGACGGAGCCCGCGCCACGCGGUCCGGAGUCGACCAGUCCGGCGAAGCCCACGAAUGAGCCCAAGGAGAACGAGACCCCCGUUCAGUCCUCUAAGGAAGGCCAGGCCGAAAAGCCUGAACGAAAGCCUCGAAAGAAGAAGGGCGGCAACGCUGCCAAGGAGGCCGCCGACGUCGUCGCCACCAACGGGGCUGGCGCCUGCCCUCGCACCGUCCAAACCGCCAAGGCGGCCGGAGGCGAGCAGCCGGCUGCAAAGGCCAACGCCCACAGCAACGCUGCGGGCGCCGCCAACGGCGUGGCGGGGGGCGAGACGCUUGACGCCGCCAUCAGUGCCCUGCAGACGCGUCUGACGGCCGCCGUCUCCGACACCCUCAAGUCCUCUCUCAAAAACCUCCAAGGCAAGAUUGACGAGGGGGCCCGACUCCGCGACGAGAGCUUCAACCAGCACCAGAUCAAGCUCUUGGACAUGGUCUCGGAGGUGCUGAACGAGAACACGCAAAAGGUCUUGGAAUCCUUGAUUCACCAUCAGUUUACCGAGCUCGUGAUCCCCGCCAUCAGCGACAAGGCUACCAAGGCCGUUUCCGACGUUGUCCAACACAAGCUGCAACCCAGCGUGGCGUCAUCUGUGCAAAAGGAGAUGCAAAGCAUCUUCCCUCACGCCCUGAACCGAUCCCUCCGCUCGGCGGACUUUUUGAAUGCCAUUUCCGAGCGUGUGGGCGCAUCCAUCGGCGCAACCUUGCAGCAGGAAGUCGCCAAGACGCUCAACCAGAACCUCGCGCCCACCCUCCGAACGAUUGCGACGCAGGCCGCUCAGCAGGCCACGGGAGAGCUUCAGCGACAGUACGACGAACAGUUUGAGAAGAUGAAGACUCAGCAUGCGGCGGACAGCAACAAGAUUGACCAGCUGCUGUCGUACGUGACCCGGUUGACAGACAUGGUGUCGACCAUGGCAGCCUCGCAGUCGUCUCUUCAGGCCGAGUUUCUGAAAAUGAAGCAGCAACAGCAGCAGCAGCAGCCGCCGCCGGUCCACGAGCUCUCCUCUGGAGCCUCGGGCGUCCACGGCGGAGUUGUUGGCAGGAGCAGCGGUCCCGGACUCGGAGCCCAACCUCCCCACAACACUUACUCCAACAACGGCAUGAUGGCUGGGCCCAACCCGCAGGCGAGCCUGGGCAGCUACCAGUCGAGCCAACCGAGCCAGCACCACCACCACCAUGGCCAGCCAUACAUGAACAGCCCCGAGUACAUGCGCGGCGGGGGCCAGUACGCGGGCGGCAGUCCUCAAGGAUCAGUGCCGGUGGCCCACUCGGAUCGGGCGUCGGCGAGCAAGAUCACCGGCGUCGCUGGCGCCUUUGCCAACCAGGUCAGCAAGUCGGACGCCGAGACGGAGCAGGAAAUCCAACGGCGGGUGCAGGUGAUUGAGCAAGCCAUCAAGGAAGGGCGACUGCAGGACGCAAUGAUUCAAUGGAUCCAGAGCGGCUACGAAAAGGAAAUCUUUCAACGGUGCCUGGGCCAGCAGCAUCCGAGCCGGUUUGAGAAUCUCCCACCCCUGGUGCUGCUCGUCGUGAUUGCCACCAUCUCCAAAGACCUUCGUCUCACGCCUCGCCUCAAGCAAGAAAUUGACUGGAUCGAAAUGGCGAUUCGAUCGUUUGGAAGCAGCAUGCCCAAGACUCAAUGGGAACAGCAGGGUUUUCGCGAGAUGAUGGGGAGCGUGUCGCAGACGAUGCAUCUGCUCAUCAACCGCCUGACUCCGCUCAUCGCGGGGUACGACAGCGGCUACCCGGUGGACCCGUGGCUGGCCAACGUGGAGCGAGGCAAGAUGGAAUGGAUUGUGCGAUCUUCGGAGCACAUUCUCAAGACGUUUGGAGGCUCGCAGAGCUACGAGUAG